AUGUCAUUUUCUUUAACAAAAUCAUUACUUAAAAGAACAAAUCUUCAUAAAAAUUUAUUACAAACAAGAAGAGCCAGUGGAGGACAUGGACACGAACCAGAGUUUAAUGAACCAAGUGGUUAUUUAUUUGGAGAAAAACCACCUCCACCAGGACAAAAACGUGUGAAAGAAGAUUGGGAAAAUUAUUGGUAUUAUGGUAUGGGUGGAUCAUUAUUAUUAGGAACAAUAAUAUAUUUUUAUAAGCCAGAUACAAGUGUAAACACUUGGGCAACAAAAGAAGCAGAAAAACGAUUACAGGAAAGAAAUGUAGUCUUGGAUUAUCCUAAAACUGAAAAAAAGCUUUAA